GUUUGCUGAUUUGGUGUGUUGUACCCAGCCUUCAUUAAAUUCGCGUCACCACCACUGCCAAUUCUCGAACGCCUUCUUGAAACGAAUCGUACCUACGCCUGGAUCCCAAUGGCAGACUCAGAUGCAGCAGCACACCCGCAAAAGCGGCCAAGGCUAACUGUACCAACGGUAGAAGCUGCCCGGACCUCUACAGCAUGCAAGCCCUGCCGAGGAAGGAAGAUCAAAUGUUCCGGCACCACACCCUGCCGGUACUGUACGAAGCGGGGCAUCUUGUGCACAUUCCCCGAGUCCGUCAAGAAGAAGCUGUACUCGGUAGAAUACGUCGAGGAGCUUGAAGUCAGGGCAGCCGCUGCAGUGUGCAGGCCUGGGGCUUUCGACUCACCAGAUCAUUCAUUCUCCCCCCCUGAGGACCCUCGCGCAGACACCAGUGGUCUGUCGAUCCCUCCUCCAGUCACUUCGCAAUUGCCGCCGUCCAAUGCGAACUCGGGCAUGGCCUCGCUAGUCGUCGUCCAAGAAGCUUCUGACCCCUCUAGAGCGUCCUCACAUACUCGGGCAAAUUCCCCUGAUGCCGGCCGAGAUUCAGAUGAUGACGAGAAUGCACUGUUCCCUGACACUGUCACGUCAUCAAGUCUUCACUUUGGCGAUCAGAUUAAAUCACUUCACACCAAGUCACCGGCCAAUGGUCAAUUUUCCGCCACAACGCCGGAUAUUGAGCCUACGCCGGCUGAUGACGUUUACAAUAUGGCCGCUUUGAAACGUCAAUCGAGAUCUGGCGAGUUGAAGUGGCCCUCUCUCUCAGAGGCCCAUGCUCUGUUGGACACUGUGUUAAGAUCUGUUGGAAAGCUUCAACAUCUUUUUGAACCUCGGGCACUUUCUGAUCGACUAUCCAUGACUUAUGCGCAACCUCCAUCACCGACACAUGCUAAGGAUAUGUGGUACAUAGAACUCCUUAUGGUCUUUGCACUUGGCGAGCUACUACAGGGGAGGUUGAGGAGCGGAGUCAUCUUUCCGGGGGCAGACUUUUACCUCGAAGCCGAGAAACACCUUCCUGAGUUUUCGUCGCUGCGUGAGAAUGGCAUUCAGGCUGUUGAAGUUAUUGGCAUGAUGACAUUUUUCCUACAAUGCGCCGAUUGCAGAGACGAUGCAUACGUCUAUGCUGGCAUAGCUUUGCGACUCGCCAUCGCAAAUGGCUUGGCAAGAGAAAGAGGCUCGAGGAAUAUCAUGAGGUCAGAAAAAUCUCACAGAGUCAGAUUAUGGUGGACGAUUUACAUGCAAGAAAGGAGACUCGCUGCAGCUACUGGUAACCCUCUAUCGAUCCAUGAUGAUGCGAUCGGCACAUGCAUCCCGGGAGAUUCACCUGGCUUCAGCACGCCUGGAGCAUUAAAUGUCAAUAUUAAACUUGCAAGGGUCACAGGGGAGACCAUGGGUGCCAUUUAUGGCCACAGAAACCGCUCUGUCGCUUACUAUCUCCGUUCCGUCAAAAAAAUACUUGCACGUCUUCUUGAAGUGGCAAAAUCGAUUCCAGUCGAGUAUGCCAUUGACUUUUCCAAACAUCUCGUCAUGUCAAGAACCUCGGCAACUUUGCACUUGAUGCUUUACCAAGUAUUGGGCAUAAUUCUCGCUACACGGCCUACACUGCUGCAUGUUGCAAAGCUGAGACUUGAGCCAGGCCCAGGAAAGCCGGAGCAUGUUGACUUGCCGCUGUUCGAGAAAUUAUUGGACACAUGCAUUGAAGCAGCCAGCAGAAGCCUCGAGGUUUUGCAAGAAAUGGUAGAGCAACGGCUUAUAGCAAAUUUCGGCUUCUUCGAUCUUGAUGCUACAUUUUCCGCUGCUUUCGUAUUCGUUCUAGUUGAAGCAUUCUAUUCAACUCCAACUCGGAGUGUCGGUGUGUCUGGUAUCCCAAAGGCGUCUCGCAUCAUGCAAUACCUAGCUGCACAAGGUAACAGAGCGGCAGAAAAGCGACGCGCAGACCUGGAGCAAAUAUGCAACUUCCUAGGUAUCACAUAUCCACAAGAUCAAGAUGAGGGUGUACCAGUCGGAGAAGAAUCUGUUUGCACGACAGCUGUCCCCGAGCCUGAGGAAGGCGCUUUGUCUACGCAUGCCCUAAGCAUCGACGCCGCCGGACAACCAGAGGCUUCUGCGGCACAAGACGACUCACCCCAAUUCGACUGGGCUGAAGCUGCGGCCACCUUUUUUGACCAGCAACCGAAUAUGACGAUAGAUCAGGACAUGAUAAACAACUUGUCCUUUGCAGAGGGGGGUCAUAUCCCGAGCAGCUUUUAUCUCGAUGACUUCACUCUUACGGGUGUUAUUGAGACAGACUGGGAAGAGUUUAGCAAGCAACUCACAUCCUGAGUUCUGAUCAUUCUCCCAUUUAGGCCCAAGUUGUGCGACUGCCUUGACCGCCCG